UCUCUCCACUGUGAUACCUGUCGCAUUCAAUUACGACUUUCCAACACCUCUCGCUUUCACUCACUCUCUCUCUCUCUCUCUUACCAACAUAGUAUUAAUUAGGGCUUUCGUCUGUUGAAAUGAAUACUGUGUCUGGUGUAAAAGAUUCUGAAGACGGGCCCGCUGAUACCGGCCUUGAAGCUACUAGGGUUUCUGAGAGAGUAGAAGCUGCCGACGUUGAAGUUGAGACAGCAGACAAGAAGGAAGAUCACAUGGAGGAGGAGUCCGCAACUCCGGCAACUGUGUUUCGGAUCAGACUCAAGCAGCCUCGCUCGAAUUUGCAGCACAAGAUGAGUGUCCCCGAACUCUGUCGGAAGUUCAGUUCUGUUGCCUGGUGCGGGAGACUGAAUGCCAUAGCAUGUGCAUCAGAGACUUGUGCAAGAAUUCCAAGUUCCAAUGCAAAUCCACCAUUUUGGAUCCCCAUACAUAUUGUGAAUCCAGAACGACCAACUGAAUGUGCAGUGUUCAAUGUCAUAGCAGACUCUCCACGUGACUCAGUUCAGUUUAUUGAGUGGUCCCCCACUUCUUGUCCUCGUGCUUUACUGAUAGCUAAUUUUUAUGGGAGGAUAACUAUCUGGACUCAGCCUUCUCAAGGGCCUGCCAAUUUAGUGAGAGAUGCCAGUUGCUGGCAAUGUGAAUCUCAGUGGCAUCAGGAUAUCGCAGUUAUUACAAAAUGGUUAUCUGGGACGUCUUCGUAUAGGUGGUUUUCCUCGAAUUCCACUAGUACUGGGAACUCAAAAACAGCUUUUGAGGAAAAGUUUCUUUCUCAGCAGCCUCAAUCUUCAGCUAGGUGGCCAAAUUUUCUUUGUGUUUGUUCUGUUUUCUCAUCGGGCUCUGUCCAACUUCACUGGUCGCAAUGGCCCCCCUCCCGGAGUGGUGAACAGUCGAAGUGGUUUUCUACAAGCAAAGGACUAUUGGGAGCUGGGCCUAGUGGUAUAAUGGCUGCUGAUGCUAUCAUAACUGAAGCAGGCACAAUGCAUGUAGCUGGUGUUCCGAUUGUAAACCCAUCUACCGUAGUUGUUUGGGAAGUUACACCUGGUCCCGGCAAUGGAUUUCAGGCGACUGCAAAGACUAGUACCAGUAAUGUUGUCCCUCCUUCAUUAAACCCUCCUUGCUGGGCUGGUUUUGCCCCUCUGGCUGCAUAUUUAUUCAGUUGGCAAGAGUAUUUGGCAUCUGAAGCGAAGCAAGGAAAUAAGCAGACAGAUCAAGAGUCAAAUGAGACAGUGUCACUCCAUUGUUCACCAGUAUCAAAUUUUUCUGCAUAUGUGAGUCCUGAAGCAGCAGCUCAAUCAGCAGCCACCACCACAUGGGGUUCUGGAGUUACGGCAGUUGCAUUUGAUCCAUCCCGGGGAGGUUCUGUUAUUGUUGUUGUAAUUGUUGAAGGGCAGUACAUGUCCCCUUAUGAUCCUGAUGAGGGUCCAUCAAUCACAGGAUGGAGAGUGCAAUGUUGGGAAUCAUCUCUUCAACCUGUUGUCCUCCAUCCUAUAUUUGGAAACCCUACAUCUAGUUUUGGUGGGCAGGCACCGAUGCAGACAGUUUGGUUGACCAGGGUAAACAAAAGCAUUCCACCAACGAGUGACUUUAAAACUUCAGCAGCAGCUGCGGUAGGACUAUUAUCUGAUCAGCGUAAUGCAUCAGAUUCAAGUAUCGAGAAGGCAAACAGAGUCAGUUUUGACCCCUUCAAUCUUCCAAGCGAUGUUAGAACUCUGGCUCGUAUUGUUUAUUCUCUUCAUGGUGGUGAGGUUGCUGUAGCUUUUCUUCGGGGUGGGGUCCACAUAUUUUCUGGUGCAACUUUUACACAAGUUGAUAGCUUUAUUGUUAAUGUUGGCUCGGCCAUUCCUGCUCCUGCGUUCUCUUCAACUAGCUGCUGCUUGGCUUCUGUUUGGCAUGAAAACAGCAAGGAUCACACUAUUUUGAAGAUUAUGCGUGUUCUUCAUCCUGCUAUUUCUGGCAGUCAGGUGAAAGUAAAAGCAACAUGGGAACGCGCUAUUGCAGACAGGUUUUGGUGGAGUCUUUUGGUUGGAGUUGAUUGGUGGGAUGCCGUCGGCUGUACACAAAGUGCUGCAGAGGAUAACAUUGUGUCACUAAACAGUGUGAUUGCAGUGUUGGAUGCGGAUUUCCAUUCUCUCCCCACUGCUCAGCAUAGGCAACAGCAUGGUCCUUCUCUAGAUAGGAUAAAGUGCAGGCUAUUGGAAGGUACAAAUGCUCAGGAGGUUAGGGCAUUGGUUCUGGAUAUGCAAGCAAGGUUGUUGCUGGAUAUGCUGGGUAAAGGAAUUGAAUCAGCUCUUAUAAAUCCUGCAACUCUAGUGAAUGAACCUUGGCAUGCUUCUGGCGAGACACUAUCAGGGAUUGACCCUGAUGCAAUGACUGUUGAACCAGCACUAGUUUCAAGCAUCCAGGCAUAUGUUGAUGCUGUACUAGAUCUUGCUUCGCACUUCAUCACACGUUUAAGGCGUUAUGCAAGCUUUUGUCGUACGUUGGCAAGUCAUGCUGUUGGAGCAUCUACUGGCACAGGCAGCAACCGGAGUAUGGUUACUAGUCCAACACAUAAUUCAGCAUCUCCAUCACCAAGUCAGAGUGGUCAAAGUGGAACAGCAAAUUCCACUGGCAACUCCCAGAUGCAAGCUUGGGUGCAAGGUGCUAUUGCUAAAAUUAGUAGCACUGCCGAUGGAGUUUCCUAUUCAACACCAAAUCCUAUAACUGGUCCAUCUCCAUUUACACCAAUUAGUAUUAAUACAGGAACCUUUCCAGGGACACCUGCUGUCAGGCUAAUUGGAGACUGCCAUUUCCUGCAUAGAUUAUGCCAACUGUUGCUUUUCUGUUUUUUCUUCCGGCGAAGACAGCUCCGCUAUAGUGGUGGUGCACAGAGAAACCCCGACUCUAAUACACAGAAACUUCAGCCUACUGCUCCUGGUAAAGUGGAGGAGAUGAACACUGUUUCGGCUAGACCAGUGUCAAGUGGACAAAUUGCUUCUGGACCAAAAGGAGUGGAAGAAGGUCCAGCAAGCCGGACACAAAGAAUAGGUUCUGGAAAUGCUGGUCAGGGAUACACAUUUGAGGAGGUAAAAGUCCUUUUCCUCAUAUUGAUGGAUCUCUGUCGGCGAACAGCAGGUUUGGCACAUCCGCUGCCAGUUUCUCAGGUUGGGGGUGGCAAUAUCCAGAUCCGUUUGCAUUAUAUUGAUGGGAACUACACCGUCUUACCAGAAGUCGUAGAAGCAUCCCUUGGUCCACAUAUGCAGAAUAUGCCUCGUCCUCGAGGUGCGGAUGCGGCUGGUUUGUUACUUCGUGAGUUAGAACUGCACCCUCCAGCUGAAGAGUGGCAUAGACGUAAUAUGUUUGGUGGUCCCUGGUCUGAUCCUGAGGAUUUGGGUGCUGUGGAUGAAACUUGCAAGCUGAGCAAUUCUUCUGAUCUGUUCGAGUUUAGUUCAUCAGAAGAUUGUGAUAGUUAUUAUGGAGCCCAUGGCCUCUGGCCUAGGAAGCGCAGACUGUCAGAAAGAGAUGCAUCUUUUGGCUUGAAAACUUCUGUGGGUCUGGGAACAUAUCUUGGAAUUAUGGGAUCGCGAAGAGAUGUUGUUACGGCUGUGUGGAAAGCCGGUCUUGAAGGUGUUUGGUACAAGUGCAUAAGAUGUUUGCGGCAAACUUCAGCAUUUACUUCUCCUGACAAUAGCAACCCUCCUAACCAGAAUGACCGGGAGGCAUGGUGGAUAAGCCGCUGGUCUUAUGGUUGCCCAAUGUGUGGUGGAACAUGGGUUCGAGUUGUAUAGAAUAACUACAUGCACUGAUUCAGCCAUUAGAUCAAUUCUUCAUUUACUAUUGCAUGAAACUUGGCCUGAGGAUGGUUCUUACAGGUUACCUCCUUGGUGGUUGCUGAUCCAAUUUACUUUAAAAUCCUGGGCAUUAUCAUGUUGGAACAGUGCCUUCGCUACAUGGGGGGAGAGAUCAAAUGCAAGAAUUGUUGGAA